AUGGAUUUUCGAGCGUUGCUUAUUCAAGUACAAGACCGUUUAUCUAAUGCUGAUCGACGUCGUUUACAUUUUCUAUUUUCUGACGACAUACCGAAAUGGUACAAUAUUGAUCCAUCAAUGAGUGGCACACUUGAUCUGCUUCAAUGGUUAAUCGAACAUGGCAAAAUCAGUGAGGAAGAUAUUACUAUUCUCAUGAAAGCAUUUCGUGAGAUCAACUGUCCUGAAGCAGUUAAUUUAUUGAUGGGUAUGCUUCGAAUGAUCAUAUCAUGCUUAAUCUAUUUAACAUAG